CUUAGGGAAAUUAUACCUGAAAUCGUUAUUUCUGAAAUCCGAAAUAUUUCAAGUGAUAAAGAAGCUACUGCACCAACUUCUAAUGCAGCUGUAAGUUGUUCUACUGUGACAAUAACUGAAGAAGAGCAGCCAGAGAUUGAAAUAGUUAAAGCUUCUCUUUCUACUUCUAUUGAAAUCACACCAAUUCCCCAAGACAAUGUAAAAGUAGAACAUCCUCCUGAAACUGAUGAGCCAUUAUCCAAAGUUAAAAAAGAAGUAACUAUUAUUCCUGCUCGUGUAUCAUAUUUUGGAAGUGAUGAUGAAGAUGAUCAGCCUCUGUCAAAAAUGAUAGGCCAUCCUAAUGAUGACCAGUUGAGAGUUCUUGUUACAAAAAUCGUCAAAGAAUCUAAACUUGAAGAAAUUACCAUGAAACAUGUUAUACGGAAAGUAUUCGAGACGUAUCCAAAUUUUGACCUUGGCUAUCGAAAAGAAUUCAUUAAGUCUAUAGUCAGACAGAUACUUUCUCAAAUGGAUGAUCAAAGUUGCUCUGUAUCAACUACUGUGAUUACAAUAUGAAUGAAGUUUUUGCUUUUUUCAGUGAUAUGAUUACAUGCCAUAUGUAUUAUACAACAUUUUGUUUGCGUGUUGCAUUUAUACAUUGCUGAAUUUCCCCUCUUGGUGAACUGCAGCUAACAGCAAUGUAAUGCAUUUAAGAGUGAUGUACUGUUUUAUGAAGUGUUGUGUAUUUACUGUUUUCAUUAGCUUUUGGCAAGGGGAAAAUUGUCAAUGUGUAUGUAAUAAGAUAUUUUGUAUCUUUAUGGUUAUCUAUCAAGUAUCUUUACUGAUAACCUUCAUCAAUUUUUAAAACUCUCCUCAUUCCCAUUUCAUCUGUGCUUUACAUUGCUCAUUUAAACUGCUUUUUAAUUAUUGUACAAUGAGAGCCAUUUUGAAACGUGUGGUAAUCAUGUUACCAUCCAGCACAAUUUCUUUUUCAUUAGUCCAUUAUUUUUAAGUGUGAUUUUAUAACUGAUAAUUAUUAGCAUUUCAGUUUUAUUAAAAACUCUCAUUCAGUUCUAUUAGAUCAUAAAUUAAUGGUAUAUUUUUAUUGUAAGAGUGAAAUGCCAUAAAUAUGUAUUGCUUAAAAUCAUAGAACUCUAAAAUUUAGAUCUUUUAACUAUGAAGUUCUCAUUAAAUGUUUUUAGAAUUUGUACUACUUCAUAAAAUGUUUUGUAAAAGUAUCUAAUGUAGUAGUAUGAAGUUAAGGAUCUACAUCCUACAUAAAAGAAUAAUUUUUGUCAAUUGAAACAAAAAGAAAAUUGUAUAAAUUUCAGUUAAAGAAAAGCAAAAAUAUUCAUAAGACCAAAGCUUGAAUAGUAUAUAGUUAAUGCUCGAGUUUUCACUAGUUAAAAAAUUCAGAAUUUUUAAACAGUGACUGAAUCAUAUAAUGAUGAUCUGAUAUAUUUAUGCUGUAGUAAAAUAAACACUAGUUGUUCAUUAAUAUAUCAGUUUUUUAUUAUGAUUUUAAUCAGCAUAAAAGUUGAAAAUCAUAUUAUAGCAUAUAAAUUAUUUGUUGAUAAAAGAAAGGAAUCAGAAUCACUUAUAGAUGUAAAUCCUUUAUCUUUUAUAGUACUGAACAUAAGAAUUUUCUGUAUUUAGGUUACCAAUUUAUUUACUGAGCUGCAGUGCAUUUUCUUUUCUUUUCUUUUUUUACUUAAGCAUUGACAUGUAGUGCAUUUCUGUAUUGUCAUAAACAGCAUUGUAUAUAUGUACAUUUUAAUACAAAAUUGUAAACAAAAUUGUAUGCAAAAUUACUUGUUUUUUAAGUAAAGAUUCGUGCAAAACAUUAAAAAUAUUAAAAGGAGUACAGUUAAAAAGGGUCACAUGCAUCCAUAUCAAUGCUUUAUUGGCUAGUAAAAUAUCCACAUGUGCUUACCUUUUUGUGUUGAAGUUUAGGAGGUUUCAUAGAUAAUGCUCAUUAUUUUCAAUUUUCCUAUAUGUGGUUGUGUGGGUUAGUUUUGUAAAAUGUCUGCUUUGAACAGAAAAAUCUUCAGUCUCUUAAAGAUAGUGUUCUAAUUAAAUUAAAUUUUAAAACAGUGUUCUUUCUUUCUAAUCUUCAUAUCCAUAAUGUUGUAUGCUUGGAUGAGAGACAAUAUGAUAUUUUCAAAGUUUUGUGUAUAUAUAGACUGGUGGAUAGUAGCUAAGGAUGGAUUGUAAACAGCUAUCUAGUGUGUAAAAAAGUAAAUGUAGUUGGAUGUCAAGUGAAAUAAAAUAAUGCCAAAAUGCUAGGACAUAACCACAAUGGUAAUUUAUUGUGCUCUGAAAUCCAUAAGGCUGUGAAAGGACAAAAUGGUCGCUUUCGGCUGAAUAAAUUAAAAUGGGGAAAAAAAAAUGCAGUUACUAUCCACAAACAUUCUGACAUAAGAUGUCAGUAUGAGACAUAGCCAUUAUGAAGGGAGAUGCAAGAUUCCACGCAUCAUGUCAUAUUUUGCACAACAUUUUCAAUGGGAUUAAGAUCCGGAGAACGUACUGAGCAUACGAGGCGUUGAAUAUUCUUGCUCUCUAGACACUCCUGGACUGCAGCUGUUUGAUGACAUGUUGCAUUGUUAUUCAUGAAGACAAAUUCAUUACUGACAGAGUACCAUGGGACAUGCAAAUGUUGGCCAGUCAUAGUGCCAGUUGGAAGCACAUAGAGUGACAUACAGCCAUUGAUCAUGUUCCCAGCCCAUAUCAUGACACUACAUGUAGAAUAUCGGUCCCUUUCUUGUAUGUCUGCUGGACUAUAUGCAGGAUACCACUCUCAUGCAACAUCAGUUGUUUCCAUAAUCAGAUAAGUCAUCUGAGAAUAGUUUACAAGCCUGAUUGUCUUCUCUCCAACUGUGAUGCUGAUGACACCAUUGCAAAUGGCAGGAGCGUUGACGUCUAGACAUGCACAUAACAACAUGGUGGAGGUAUAGUCUUCUUUGAUACAAAUAUCUGGCUACAAUUUUUCAGGAUAUUUGCUCUCAGUAGCUGAUUUGCUACUUCAGUAGCUGUGCUGUAGCAGUUCCUUUUUGUCAAUAGCACUAUGUACCUAUCUUCUGCAGGCAUCGUACUGUUUUUCAAAGCCUUGAAACCACACUGUGGCUGACAUCAAACUUCUUACAAAUAUCUUUUUUUUUUUUUUUGUUCUCCCUCCCCACCCUUUUUAAAAUCUUUCCAAUAAUAAUAUGGCCAUAUGUAGAAUCAUUGAAGUGAUGUUGGGAAGACAUAACGAAAAUUGCAAGUUCGUCAAUUUAUUCUUUCAUGUUAAAUUUUACUUCUGACUAACAAUGGUCAAUAUGCAUCAAAUCCUUUUAUCUAUUAUCACUUGACAAACAACUUCGCCAAUCCAAAAUUUGUGUACGCACAACAUGUCUUAAUCUCGCACUUAUGCUAAUUUUCACAUUUUUCUGCCUUCCAUUUUGUGGUUGCUAUAACUGCUGCUGUCCACCAGUGUCAGCAAUUAUUAUCCAGUGUAUAAAGAAAAGCAUUUGAGUCUUAGAAUUGAGGUCAGGUGUCUUGUCUUUUAUUGUAGCCUAGAUUCAGAUUAAAGGUCUUAGUAGUGGAAAUGUAAAUUAUUGCUAUAUUGUGAGAUUCAUGGACUGUAUAAUCCUCAUAUUUCAGAAACUGCUUAUAAAAAUUAUGGUACAUUUUUAAUAUAGUUAAUAUUUUUAUUUUAAAACUGUGGCAAGUUUUAAAAAGAAGUGUUUUAAUUUAAUUCUGCUAUCCAUCCCCUCCCCACGAUAUUUCAGCUAAUUAGAAAAAGCUUCACAUUUAUUAACAACUCAAGCUGGACUCUGAAUCUGAUUUGAAUAAUUUAAUAUUUGAGCAAGUCCUAAGUUUGCUGAGUAAAGUUAAAGAAGGAAACUUUCUAAAAAUACAAUGGGAUUAUUAUAUGGGGAAAAAAAAAAAAAAAAAAAAAA